CUUCUUCAGACUGAACAAUCGUUAUUAGAUCAAGAUCGACUGCCUGAGACCGCUGAUGAUUUUGAUCGCCUUGUGGUAUCAUCGCCUAACAACUCGGUGGUGUGGCUGCAGUACAUGGCAUAUCACCUUCAUACAACGGACAUUGACAAGGCAAAGGCUGUAGCCGAGAGAGCACUCAAGACAAUAUCAUUUAGGUAAUGUUUGACAUUUUAUCAUCAUUAAUUGUUAAUAAAUUGACUAACGGAUGUUUGGCUAUUGUUUUCGUGUUUACAACUGAUAUAGCUUCGUUUUUGUGAGUUUAUUGUAAGUUGUAGCAACUGUCUUUGAGUCUAAAACUUUUAACAGGCUGAGAGCCAUUGUUAAAACUACCUGCCUCAAUAGUAUUAAUUAUUCGCCUCUAUUCUCGUACCCAGAGCUUUCGAUUCCCUUCUUCAGACUCGUACUAAGUCGCUUCUCUGUAUGCCCUGUGAUUAAUGGGAAGGAUUUAGUGAGUUUGCGAUGCAUCCAGGGAAGGAAGAAAAACGCGAAGCGACGUCAGUUUUCCUUCCUCAUUCCCAAGCGCCUUUGCGCGCGUCAAACUGCCUUUCCAUGUUCCUUUGCGAAAAUAAGUAAGUGGCGACUGGGUACGAUUCUGUCUCUUCGCCCAAAAAUGCCAGCUUCGAGCAUGCCAAAUUUUGUGAAACUCGUGAUGAAAAGAAUCGUUGUUGAAAAGUGCACUAGCUAGUACGAUCGUUUUUGUCUGAUUAGAGUUAAAGCGCGUAUUAGUCUCAGAUACUUAAAAAUCAUCAUUUUCAUGUGUCUCGUUCAUUCAACAGGGAGGAGCAGGAAAAGCUGAACGUGUGGGUGGCCCUAAUGAACUUAGAAAACCUGUAUGGUACACAAGAAUCCCUUGUGAAGGUGUUUGAGCGAGCCCUGCAGCAGAAUGAGCCUAAGAAAGUUUUCUUUCAGUUGAUUGGUAUCUACACAAGAACAGAUAAAUUUGAGGUACGAAAAAUCAUCUGACUCAUGUUCCAAAAUGUUUUAGUUUAACACAUCGGGCCGCGCGAGAGGAGCACACAGGGAGAAAGAGAGAAAGACACAAAAACACGCUCCCUCUCCACUCGCGUGUCUCCAUAGCAAGCGCUGUUCUCUCUCGCACCCAUAACUUCCAAGUGUCCGCUACCCAGGCUAAAUAUAUCUGUGCUUUUGGUUUGUUUGUAGUUGGCCGAACAAUUGUACCAGACGAUGAGCAAGCGGUUCAGUCAAAGCAAAAAGGUUUGGGUUAAUUUUGGUGCAUUCUACAUGAAGCAAGGAAAGCUUGAGUCAGGUAGAAAAUUGCUUCAAAGGAGCCUCAAGAGUCUGCCGAAAAGAAAACGUGAGUAGUUCAUUAGGUCCUAUCACAGGGAACGCAAGCUCAUAUGAGAGCCCGUCAUCUGGGUGAAAAACUGUCGCUCAAAAAAAAAGGAUCAAACAGUCCUAGGAUGUCUGAAAUGCAGUCAGAACACAAAGAAAAACAAGAAGACGCUAAAAGUAAUUUUCAAAGCGAUAUUUAAUGCUCAUUUUGCCAACUUAGUGAGCAAAAAAUAUUUCUCAUACAACGUCUUACAAUUUUCUCGCUGUAUGAGUAAUUAUUGAGCUUAGUAGGGUAGUUUGGCAUCCUAAGAGGCCUCAAGCGCAGUCAAACACAAAUAAACAGAAGAAAAUACAAAAUGCAAGCUUAAAGGGAAAAUUUAAUGCACGUUUCGCUCAAUUAUGGAGAGAUAGGAUAAUUCUCAUACAGCAUCUUAUAAUUGUUACCAUAUGAAUAGUUAAUUUGCAUAGUAGGAUAAUGUUGUUCAGGGCUCUCAUAAUGAGCUUGGGCUUCCUGUGGUUUUAUAUAUUCUGUCACGGCAACAUUCAAUUCUCCCUUCUGCGCAUGUUCAUGUAAAGAAGCAGCUGGUUUUUAAUAGAGAUAAAUGAAUAAGUUUAACUAGCUUCGAAACAGCUCUCGAUUUGAAAGUUAAUUUCACAAUCUUAUUUAGUUAGUACAGUACGCUAUCGACAAAAUAUGUGUCAAAUAUGAGGCUACAAUUCUCGCCAAAAAAUCCUUGUAACACCCAUGCACUUCUCUUUUCCUCUUCAAUGGUUUCCAAAGCCUUUCAAGGUUUUUGUCUGAGAUUGUAGUAUAUUGCCUGGCUCUCCAUAAGUCUCUCCGAGUGCCCUCGCGAUGUUGGGGAUGUCAUGGCUUCGAGUCCUCUCGGAGACUCAAGUUUUUAUCUUUGUCCCGCGCUUGCCAGGUACUAGUCAUGUCGUCUUUCAGAACGCUGGUGCUGCUGUUGUACUCUUCUUACUUGACUUUUUUUUCUCGAUAGAAGGAAAAGAGAAUCUCCUUCCUCUUAGUCCAGCCAAGUUUCAUUACAGCUUUUUCAGUAGCCCUCAGCUUUUUUGGAGCUACAAGUUUAUUAGCCUUGGGCUAUUUAGUGUUACCCUCGCUAAAUAAAGGCAUUAUUAGAACGUAAAUAGUUUUUAUGCCGUUAAUAUUUCCCUUGCUAGUUCAAUCUUAGUCUUUUAGAGUCAAAAAGUACAUCGGCCAGUAAUGCAUUCGCCAAUCCUGUAUAAUUACGCUCUGCUUCUGGACUUGGCAAAGCUUGUGUGCCAAACACUCGAAAGAGAUAAGUCGAUGGCCGAUGAUGCGUAGGGCUCCCGCCCGACGAUUUCCACCCGCUCUCUCUUCCAUAAAACGCCCCUCCGCCGCGCGCGGUCUUUUUUUGCGCACACCAUUGCCUGUCUCUCUUUGCGUAAAGAUUAACUUGAUUCAUUCGUUUAUUUGCAUACGAUGUGACUGGUCAGAUGUGACUAACUUUUCUUGUGUUUUUUCUUUGCUGGUUUUGUUUCCUUUGCAGAUAUUGCAACUAUCGUGCAGUUUGCCCUGCAUGAGUUCAGAUAUGGCGAGCCACAGCGAGGGCAGACUAUGUUCGAAAGUAUUUUAACCAACUAUCCCAAAAGAAGUGACCUCUGGUCAGUUUAUCUGGAUAUGAUGAUUAAGCAAGGGGACGCGGAACCUGUUCGGUGAGGAAUAAACCCACAAAUUCAGUGUUACGAGUGGUUUAAAAUGUCCACUUUUUGAAUCUUUUAGUGCACCCUGCGAGCAGAGCCUCCUUUUGUCCUCUUGUUCCUCUCUACUAACUAUGUCUUGUGUGAGGAGGAUAAAAGCAGGCUCUGUCUGAAUCGCCUCAAGCCUUUGAAGUCGCCGCCGCUCGAACUUUUGGACUAGUCAAUCUUAUUCUCUCUUGUCGAAUUGUUUUUUUUUCUUUUCGAGUGUGAGCAUCCGUUUAUUGUGAAACCGAUCGUCAUAACCGUGCACGCUGCAGCAAGCGCACGGCUAUUAGGCCUACAAGGUUCAAAACUAUGUGCUAGCAUCCUGCCGUGCAUGUUCAAGAAGGAUCUUCCUUGAUUCCUGCAGAGUCUUUCUCUAGUACGCUAAAAUAAAGCAAACUAAAGGAAGGCUAUGCUGGCAGGGUGCUUUUAGUGAUCGAAGCUCACUUGUUCUGAUUCUUGAAAUCCGCUUUUUUAUAAACGCAGUUUUCUAGCAAUAGAGGUAGAAUUCUUUAGAUAAUUAAGCCUGGCGAUUUUUUAAUACUCGGCUUACGCGUUUGUAGUGUUUCUGUUUUUGGUUGUUUUUGUCAUAUUAUUCCAGCGUUUGGCACUAGUUUCCACUUCUAGCACUUUGCGCCGUUACGUGUUUUGCUUCGAGUUCUUUCCUUCGAGAUUUUGCCUUUAGUUUACUCUGACUAUACCUGCUUUCGGCACCUGUUGCGCAUGUACCAGUGCUCAUCGACGCUGUUAUGUUGUAGUUCGAUUUGUCACUGGUUCAGUCUUUUGGGCGAAGGACUUGGGGUCCGAUUACAUGGGCCGAGUUGGCUCGCUUGGCCGAGAUCUCGGCACGCAACCAAAAUCAACUUUGUUAUUACAGGGCAACCGAGUCAGCCGGGUUACUCGACAAAGGGACCCAGCCCCGCAGACGGAGCCAGCCCAUAUCAUGUUGUUAGGCUCUCUACCGAUAUUUAUAGAUAUGUGUGAUUUAGCCCAGCAGGCAGAGUGCUGAUCUGCAGAGUGGGGUGUUUCGGGUUCGAUCCCCGAUAGGGCCAAUGCUCAGAUCUUAAAACAACAAAAGCGAUGUUUUCCGGCCUUUUAUUAUUAUUAUUUUUUUUUUUUUGCGUCCUACACAUAGCUGGACCACCUCUUGGCUCAAAUUUCUGACGCAUAAUGGCAAACCUGUCUCCAGAACUUAAAUACAGUGUCCUUAUAGAGCGUUUUCACAUGACGUCACGGCGGCGAUAUUUGUGUUCCAAGACAAUGAAACGGCGGCCAUGUUGGUGUGCGAAACUAAUCCUGUUGGAGUUGAACUCUUUUCUCAUGUAAAAACUUUCUUUUGUUCCAAUAAAUUUGCAUAGAUGCUGGCCACGUUAGUGAAAACGCUCUAGAGUUAGUAGUUCCUGCUUUAAGUUUUCCCUGUUUUAUUUUUCCUAUCAGGCAAAUAUUCGAGAGAGUCAUCCACAUUAACUUGUCUUCCAAAAAGAUGAAACUCUUCUUCAAACGCUACCUGGACUUUGAACGUAAAUAUGGUGAUGCAUUCAGCGUGGAAAACGUUAAAACCAAAGCGAUGGAGUAUGUUGAAUCCAAGGCGGGCUUGAGCUAA